CCCGGAUAUUGAUGUUUCUGUUAAGUCUCCCCCCUUUGUCGAGUUUACAUAGUCGUGACUGACAAGGGCGCUGUUCAGAAACCAAAAUGCUUGCUAACAUCCAUGUCUUCUGAAAUCGACCAUGAACGUGGUAUACAAUUAGGCCCUGGGACCGUGCAUUUACGAGGAAAUAUCUGCAUCUCCCACCACCUACCUAAGCCUGCCACGCAUAAACCAGGAUACACACACCAAGCGGGAAUGAACCCCAGCUCUGAUCCCACGGGUCCGGCUUCCCAGUUCCUUGAUGGCACUAAACAAAAUUUCCCAAAGCCAGAAAGGUGUGGGGAAGAAUGGAUAUUCGAGGGACCGAAGUACGCCGACAAAAGACCUAACGAGUCUCUUAUCUCCAAGCUGCACAAGGCAGGCCAAAAGGCAGGUGAAACGAUGGGAGACCCGGCUGACCAAGCGCUCAAGAAGAUCGGAGGUUCCAGCAGCCAGCCAAAGUACCCGGAUAUCAGAUAUCCAUCUGCUGGAUCACUUAUAUGUAUCAUUGGAAAGCGCGACGAAGCAUACAUGGCAAAAUUUCCUCAAAACUUGCUGUAUAUCGACUGUCCCAAGUGUGUCGUCAAACUUACAUGCUGGACGCCGUUGAUUCCUGCUAACCAUUUGUCUCAGGCCUCGGGAUUCGUCGAGAAUCCACGGGUUGAUACGCUUGAUCCGGUCCACAUGCAGGCAAACCAAACCAUGGAUGACAUGGACGAAUUCUUCAUCACGCCGAAGACUUUCGUUCGAGUGAAGAGGGACGGUGCAAAUACGGACAAUGUCGACCACGAUAAGUACUGGGUCAUUGUGCAUGAACCGCCUUCGAGAAAGUGGGGUCCUGGUUAGUUGGCCCUCGAGUCUGUGGAUGGGGAUGGCGAAGUGUGUACCUAGAUAGCUAGGCGCGAUGAAGACACAUGGUCUAUUGAGAAACCAUAGCAAGAGAAUGGUGUACGAGUAAAAUUUUACUUUUUGCACAGGAACAUGCCGUGCUUCACUCUGUACGAGUGUAAUCUGCCGGACUGAGACGUCGACUAUCGCGACUUCGUCGACUAUAAGUCCUAUAUAAAAAUCUCAUGCCUCAACUAAA